AUGAACUCUCCCAGAUUCAGAGACUUCCAGAACAAGAAGAAGCUUCCUGAAGUCCUAAACAUGUUCUGGAGCUCCAGAACCAGCCGACUCUGGCUCAGCAUCUGCUUGUUAGUGGUCCUGUCCCUGGCGUCGGGAGGUGUCCCCGGUCCAUGUCGACACUCGGUAAUGCAGGAUCAUCUACAGAGCCUCGGUCGCCUGAUCGACAACCAGUUGGACCACAGCUGUUUCAUCCAGUAUCCAUUCACUGAACACCUGAACCUGAGUACAGUAUGUUAUGUCAAAGCAGCGCUCCCACAAGCCCUGGAGCUCCUCAGCAAACAUUUCCAUUAUGUCAGGAGUUCAGACAACAGGAGAUACGUCAGUGCCCUGCAGAAGCUCAUCUACCAUCUCUACACUCAAGGAUGUGUUGCAGAAAUCGAUGAGGAGGUGGAGGACAGUCCUGUGAGGUUUUCAAAGGCUGUAGAGAGUUCUCCAAAAGACGCCCUGAAGAAGGUCCAAGGUGUGUUCCAGAUGUACAUGAACCUUAUGAGGGACAGUAAAGGUCCAGUGGACUGGGACUGUCGAGCAGAGUUCACUGUGGAAGAGGACUACCAAACCACCACCACAGCUGAUUCAGGUUCAGGUCACAAACCCUGUUUGCCUUAGUUUUCACUCGUGGAGACCGUCCAAUGUGGCCCCAGGUUCUGAGGUUCUGCAGUUUUGAGGACGUCCCGUUAAUCUCCACAGAGAACCUGCUUUUUCUGAGCCCGACAGCAGCGUUGUCCACUCUGACAACUCUAGUCCAUUUACCG